GGAGAGAGAGAGAGAGAGAGAGGAGGAGUGGCAGAAAAGAAAAGAGGGAAGGAGUCUCGUGUGGAGGUAAACUUCUAGUGAGAGCAGGUUUUUGUGCUGUACGGACUCUCCUCUUCUUACACACACAGACACGCACACACACACGUCCUCAAAAACCCAAAGCAGAAGUGGACGAAGUCACUGGGUUUCAGUCACUGAGGUCGGCUAUGGCUCAGGGCUCUGACAGCAAUGACACAACGUACAAAUCUCCCUCACCUGCCAGCAGGACGGGCUCCUCAGAUGAUGUGAAGAAGGUGUUGCGGCGGGAGAAGAACAGGCUGGCAGCUCAGAAGAGCAGGAUGAGACAAACUCAGAAAGCUGACAGCCUACACUUGGAGAGUGAGAACCUGGAGAAGGAGAAUGCCGCCUUGAGGAAGGAGGUGAAGCAGCUGACGGAGGAGGCCAAGUAUCUGACCUCCGUGUUGAGCACCCAUGAACCCCUGUGCACCGGCCUGCCUCCUCAGACGCCCGACCUCCUCUACCCUCCUCACCACGGCAGCUACCACCAACCGCACAUCACUGUACCACACUACCAGCACUGACAGCAGUGAUGACCAACCAGAAGGCUGCGAAACAGACGACUGACCUCAGUGAAGAGAGACUGACUGGAGACCGUCUGUGAAUGUUCUGAGGCGGAUGGAGGAGCAACGCAAUGGUGCGUUGGCGAACCAGCAACAGUAUGGAGGCCAAACACAGUAUUCAAGACUAUUUAUUUUUCUGGCUGUCUGGGCCAGAUCAUGUUUACAUUGAGCAAAACCAACAACUUGCUGUAUGUUCAGGUGACUCCAUCAAGUAUUUUGUGAAUUGUUCAUUUCAGUGUCAUAUAGGUUGAACCUUGUGUGGAAUUGUGUUUUUUUUCUAUGUACACGGGUGAAAGAAUUUCCUCAGGAGACUUUUUGACAUAGAUUAUAAAUAUGAAACGGAUUUAGGUCUCUGGUUUAACAACGGGUGAACCAGCAUUUUUUAUUAAAACUAAAUAUAGAAUCAGUAAUUUGUCUUUAAGCAGUGACUAAACAAAUGUAAUUUCUCGGUGACGGAGAUGAUCACAACACCAAUACUGUCUGUUUUGUUUACGGCUAAAGUCAUGUCAAGACAUGUUUUGUUAUCAUCUCCUGUCAACACUGCAGCAUGUUCUUAUUCAAUAUAUCAUGAUAAGACUUGUAUUUCCACCUGGUUUAGAAAACCUGCAAAUAUUCUACAGAAAAGUGGUGAUGUCACACGUCCGUACUGUGUAGACAAACAUUUAGCACAACUACUGAGCAAAAACUGAAAUACUGAGAAGAAACCAGGAUCCCGAGACUUGAUCACUUUAUGGAUGUUAAUAUAAAGGCUGUCCAAUAGGAGCUUGGUUGCAGCUACAUCUGCAAAGUCCAUUUUUCUGGAUGAGUAAAAAAAAAAAAAAAACAGAAGUUGACUCAGGUGAAUUCCUAAGAAUUCUGCAACCUCAGUCCGUUUCUUAUAUUGCUGUGUUUUUGACAGAUGUGAUUGUGGACAUAAAGAAUGUAACAUCAGAAUCUUACGUACAGUGUAGGCUUUGAUGUACCAAAAUAAAAGUUGGUCAACCGUGUUUUCUGACGUGUGCACUGAAGAAAAGAAGAGAAACAGCAGGGAUAUUUAACAAAUGUUGGUUCAUUUGUUUGUUGUUUGUUUUGUUCCCUUUUCUAAGAUCUCUGUUGACGCUGAUAACACGUUGGAACAUGUGGUGGAGGGGACAGACAUUUCUUUUAAAAUGUCUCUAGAGGGCGCUGUUUGCUCGUGUAAAAGACUCAGACCGUAAUAGUAAUAGUAUAAAUAUU